GGGAGACGCCGGAACCUGCCUUGCGCCCUAGAGUCUGCUUCCCAUGGCUGAUGGUGGCGUACCCCGUUGCUCGGGCUUAAAGCCCGGGCCUACUCGCACCUCCCGAAACGCUGCAGGUACAAAACAGACACGUGCCUUGAAACAAGAUGCUUCAGAAAGGAAAGCAGAACUAGAAGCAGCUGUGAAAAAGAAGAUUGAAUUUGAGAGAAAAGCUCUACGUAUUGUUGAACAACUUUUAGAAGAGAAUAUUACUGAAGAGUUCCUAAAGGAAUGUGGCAAGUUCAUCACUCCUGCUCACUACAGUGAUAUUGUGGAUGAACGGUCAAUCAUCAAACUUUGUGGUUAUCCUUUGUGUCAGAAGAAAUUGGGAACUAUACCAAAACAGAAAUAUAAAAUUUCUACCAAAACCAAUAAAGUCUAUGAUAUUACUGAAAGAAAGUCUUUUUGCAGCAAUUUUUGUUACAAAGCAUCUAAGAUUUUUGAAGCACAAAUUUCCAACACUCCAGUAUGGGUUCGAGAAGAAGAGAGGCAUCCUGACUUUCAGCUGCUACAGGAAGGACAAAGUGGCCAUUCAGGAGAAGAAGUACAGUUCAGUAAAGCCCUCAAAAGAUCAGAUAUUGACACUUGCCAUUUUGAAACACAAUAUGAGUCUAGUUCUUCUAGCAUUUACAGUGAUAGUAACAGUGAUAAUGAGCAAGACUUUGUUUCCUCCAUUCUACCAGGAAGCAGACCAAAUGCAAGGGGUACAAGGCCACAGCUGCACAAAAAAAGCAUAAUGACAAAUAAAACUGGUCAGAAAGCUAGCUCAAAGCACAUAGAACACACUGUCGUAGAUGUUACUGCUCAGUUAGGUCAUUGUAGCUUAGAUAAUCAAGAGAAAGCUACCUGUGAACUUCCUUUACAGAAGGUAAUAAAUACUCCAAUUUCUUCAAAUAGUCCUUCACAUGAGAAAUUAAAUGCUUCAGCAGAUUCUGGAUGUAAAUACAAUAUGUCAGAAAUAACACUUGUGGGCUUAAGUAAGAAAAGUGCUGAGCAUUUUAAAAGAAAAUUUACAAAGUCAAACCAAGUUUCUAGGUCAGACUGCAGUUCAGCACAGGUGUGCCCUGAAGUUGCAAAGACAAACUUACUUAAUGUUCUGAAAGAGACUUUGAUUGAAUGGAAGACAGAAGAAACUUUGAGGUUUUUGUAUGGCCAGAAUUAUGCUUCUCUGUGCUUAAAACCUUCUUCAGCCUCUCUCGUUUAUGAAGAACUUGAUGAAGAUGACAUAAAUUCCAAUCCAGAUAGUCAUUCCCCAUAUCAGAACAGCCUAGAUGACUCAUUACCUUUUAGAUGCUCAGAUUCAGCCAGGAAACCAUUGCCAAGUUAUAAGGAUUUGAAAAAAGAAACUGAAACCCUGAAUUUGAGGAUCAAGGAGUUUUAUAAGGGACGAUAUGUUUUGAAUGAAGAAACUUCUCAAUCACAAGACUCAGGAGAGCAUGAUCCCACUUUUCCGCUGGUAGAUUCAAGUGCUCAGAACCAGAUUAGAAAACGCAUCGUCCUUGAAAAACUGAGUAAAGUAUUGCCUGGACUUUUGGGUCCUCUUCAGAUUACAGUAGGAGAUGUUCACACUGAACUUAAAAAUCUUGUCCGCACAUUCAGACUAACAAAUAGAAAUAUUAUCCAUAAACCUUUGGAGUGGACUUUAAUUGCUAUCGUGUUGCUGUCACUGAACCCUGUUUUUCCCAACACAAUUUGUAAUCUUUUGAAAGAAAACAUUCCCAGGUGUGAUCUGUGCACUACAGCCCUUUAGUUUCAUCUUUAAUAAUUGGUUAUACUAACAUUGAGUCAGCUUCAUUAUUUUAUACCUGUAUUUUUAUAUAUCUAAUGCUAUUUCAUUUUUCGUCAACAUAUUUUAAUAGCAUCAGUUUUAUUUUCCAAAUCCAUGUAUACUUUAAAAUCUAGCAGAUUUAAAGGAACUAAAACAUGCUUACUGCACAAGCACAUAUAAAACAUUUAAUACUCAUUUACCUUUUAUAAAACCUCUAGAGGUUUCUAAGGCUGUUUUUCAAUAGGGCUAAAUCCAUUUAAUAACUGUAGUGUUUUUCAGCUUGAAUUGCAAAACUCUUUAGAGGAUCAUUCAUUCCUGCAUUACUAUUGCUUCUUGGUGUUUGUCGGGUCAUUGAAGCCCAUGGGGCCUUGAAAACUUAGUGGACACUCACAGGUCAAGAAGUGUUAACAGCCACCCGCAUGGCAUCUCCAGCCCUACUCCCUCUCUCUUUGAUUUUACUACAGUCUGACAUGUUAUUCUGGCUUCACUGUCCCGAGGAAGGCUGUGCGGGAAGAUUAGAGCAGGCUUCAGUGAGCCGGAAUCUGUGUCACCCAGCCAGAUAGAACUCACAUGAUUCAUUAAAUCAGAACAUAGAAAAUAACUUUACUUGAAUGCCCGGAUAUAAAUUUUUUAUCAGCCUUAAGAACAAAUCUUUUGUCAUUCCUACUAUUGUCAUGUUCCAGUUGGUAGUUUGUGAAACAGAUCUUAUUAAUUUUUUAAAAAGUUCUUUCUAUUUUAUGGAAUGUAUAAAUAUUUUGGGCACUGGCAGAGAAAGUAUCAGUAACUCUGCUCGCCCACCAAGCCAUAUAUAUGCCUAUUCGCAAACCCUCAUAAACAAUUGUUUAACUGUACUUCUAUAUUUCAUUAUACUAAAGAGGAAGUCACUUUUUUGGCUGACCAUCAGGAGUCUGAGCCCAGCAGUAAUCUCAGAAUCUUGCUUUCUGCUCUGGUGAUAGAAGUGUCAUCUUAUCAGCACGGCCAAAAAAGGGCAUGUUAGACCCUCCAUGCUUUAUGUUGAACUGCUGUCACUUCUCCUUGUAAUACCAGAAAACAACAGCAAAAAAGUAUAUGAAAUGAAAUUAUAAAAGCUGCCAUUAAAAUGUUACAUGAGUAUGCUACAUAAAAAUCUCUAGUGUUUGAUUUUAAUACAGACACCCAUGUGGUAUAAAUAUUGAAAGCUCUGCUAAUCCUUUUGUGCACUAUUUGACUUCCCUUGAUUGUCUUUGGUUGUAGCAGUUGAAUGCUUAGCUGUAUUAACAUGUUUCUUAUGUGCAAUCUGUCUUAAAGUUGUAGCAGUACCUAUUUGCUUAGUCAUUUGCCUUCUUAAUGAUAAAUCUGACCCUUGUCUUAGUCUCUGAUCCUUUUGAUCCCUGAGGACUAAAAUCCUUUCCAGUGAAGGCUGUUUCGGCUUCUACAGUCUUUGGUCACUACAGAUACCAAGUUAGUUGGUACUACUUAGGUUUUUGCUUUUGAAAUCUUGUGUUCUCAUACUUCUAACUGUUGUCAUAGGCCUUCCUUUCGGUUCCUUUCCAUUCUGCAUUUGCACAUUCUAUAUCUUCAAAUUACAGCUCAGUCUCCUUAUUCUUUGAUUAUUAACUUCUAAGCCUUUCUCCUUCCAUGUUAUUUUUUAUAUCCUCUCAUUAAAAAAAUGUCUUUAGCUUUUCAUAUUUCAACUAAUAGCCUCUUUGGUCCACAAUUUUGCCUUUUUUGGGGGUUGCCAGUCCUGGGGCUUGGACUCAGGGCCUGAGCACUGUCCCUGGCUUCUUUUUACUCAAGGCUAGCACUCUGCCACUUGAGUCACAGCAUCACUUCCAUC